AUGAUUGAUAGAGAUUCCCUUGUCAGGUCAUACAUGACCGCUUUAAAAAGUCACAAAGAAAUCGAACAGAAGAACAAAAAGACAAGACUAGAUAUCAACGAAAGAAACAAGUUCUUGGACAAGACUGAAGACUGGCUUAAGGCACAACAAAGCGUAGGCCAGAUCAUUGGAGAAGUCCUCCAGAUGCUAAACCCAGAGAAGUUUAUCGUCAAAACUUCCAUGGGGCCUAGAUAUGUGGUCGGGGUUAGAUCCAAGAUUGAUAGAGAAAAGCUCAAGCCAGGAGUCAGAGUUACACUGGAUAUGACUACACUGACUAUUAUGAGAAUCUUACCAAGAGAAGUUGACCCUCAAGUGCAUAAUAUGACAGCUGAGAGUCCUGGAAAGGUACCUUACUCUGAUGUUGGUGGUCUAACUGAUCAAGUGAGGGAUCUGAGAGAAACUAUUGAACUUCCCUUGACCAAUGUGGAGCUCUUCCACAGAGUUGGAAUCAAACCUCCAAAGGGAGUCCUGUUGUACGGUCCUCCAGGAACUGGAAAGACCCUUCUAGCUAAGGCUCUUGCUUACAAUAUUGAUGCUAAGUUCAUCAAAGUUGUAGCAAGUGCUAUUGUAGAUAAAUAUAUUGGAGAGAGUGCAAGAGUCAUCAGAGAAAUGUUCGCCUACGCUAAAGAAAAUGAACCAUGCAUUAUCUUCAUGGAUGAAAUCGAUGCUAUUGGAGGUAGAAGAUUCUCUCAAGGAUCAUCAGCUGAUAGAGAAAUUCAAAGAACCUUGAUGGAGCUUUUGAAUCAGUUGGAUGGAUUUGAUGAGCUUGGUCAAGUUAAAAUUGUCAUGGCUACUAACAGACCAGAUGUUUUAGAUCCUGCCUUGCUUAGACCAGGAAGAUUAGAUAGAAAGAUCGAAAUCCCACUCCCAAAUGAAUCAGCAAGAGUUGAUAUUUUAAAGAUCCAUGCUAAACCAAUUACCAAACAUGGAGAGAUUGAUUAUGAGGCCAUUUGUAAGCUAUGAGAGGACUUCAAUGGAGCAGAUCUCCGUAACGUAUGUACAGAAGCAGGAAUGUUUGCUAUCAGAGCCGAAAGAGACUAUGUUAUUCAUGAAGACUUUAUGAAAUCCGCAAGAAAAAUUAAAGAGCAUAAGAAACUUGAGUCGAAACUUGACUACUCAAACGUAUAA